GUGUCGGCUGCAGCGGUAUCCUGGACUGGAGGAAGUUUGCAGGGGGUGGGGGGUGAGUAGAAACAGCAGGAGAGGCAGUUCAGGAACCGAGCAAGGGGCUUCCAUUUUAUCAUCGGUAUCCUCAGAAAACGGCGAGUAAAAGCAUCGGGUCCUGCUGGGAUAUAGUAAGCGCACAGAAGCGCCUGUGAUCGGCUCGAGAGCGCAUUCCAGCAGAGGGGAAUGAGCCUCUCAGCGCGCACUAAGCCUGUGUGACGGGGCUGAGGGCUCUUUCACUCAGGACUUCACCCGACUCUCUCUUUCAGCAGCUUUGACUGGCCAAGGCAAUCACAGGGGUGAAAAGAAGAAAAUAAGUGCUCCCUUUCAUUUUAAAAAGGAGAUCCCAAGAUUCAGGAUGGAGGAGGGAUACGAACUCGACCUGACGUACAUCACAGAGCGUAUCAUAGCGGUGUCCUUCCCCCGGGGCUGCUCGGAGGAGAUCUACGCGCACAACCUGAAGGACGUCACGCGGAUGCUCAAGUCCAAGCAUGAAGAUAAUUACCUGAUUAUCAACCUGUCAGAGAGGAGGCAUGAUCUGUCGAAAAUGAACCCCAAGACCCUGGAUACAGGCUGGCCUGACAUGCACGCUCCACCUCUGGAUAAAAUCUGCACCAUCUGUAAGGCCAUGGAGAGCUGGCUCAACGCUGAUCCUCUACAUGUGGUCGUAAUACACUGCAGGGGCGGCAAGGGUCGAAUCGGUGUCGUAAUAUCAUCCUUUGUGCAUUUCACUGACGUAUCAGCCAGUGCUGAUCAGGCGUUGGACCGCUUCGCCAUGAGGAAAUACUACGACGAUAAGGUCUCAGCCCUGAUGACACCUUCGCAGAAGCGGUAUGUUUGGAUCCUCAACAGUUUGCUAAGUGGAUCCAUGAAGAUCAACGCCUCCCCCUUGUUCCUGCACUGCGUCAUCCUUCACGGGAUACCGAACUUUGAUGCCACUCGAGUGUGCCGUCCAUACAUCAAGGUCUAUCAGGGAAUGCAAGCAGUGUAUUCAUCUGGAGUCUAUCACAUUGGUCCAGGCCACAGAGACCGUGUAUGCAUCACCCUGGAGCCGGCCCAGCUCCUCAAAGGGGACAUCAUGAUUAAAUGCUAUCACAAAAGUGACAUAACUUCAGAGCGUGAAGUUAUUUUCCGACUGCAGUUCCACACGGGAGCAGUGCAGGGUUACAACCUGAUAUUUGAAAAGGAGGACAUGGAGACUGCCAACAAAGAUCCCAGAUUUCCAGAUUAUGGUAAAGUGGAGCUGGUGUUCUCAGAGGGACCAGAGAAGAUUCCAGGUGCUGACAGGUGGCAAAAUGGAGCAGAUGUUAUUGUGGACUACAACACAGCGGAUCCUCUAACCCGCUGGGACUCGUACCAGAACAUCUGUGAUGGCGAAGCGCCACGCUCUCAAGGCCUAACCCGCGACAAAGCGUCUAGCAAGAGGAGCAACAGCGGAGGGGAGGCCACGCUGGUCCGAGGGACCCGCACAACCUCCGCCACCUCGAGCCCCGACCAUAGCGACCACGCCCUCUCUGUCAGCAGUGACUCAGGCCUGUCAAGCAAUUCUCUGUGGGCAGACAGACCCACACCUGUCACCACCGUUGCCGCCACAACUGCUGCCGCCAAGGCCAACCAGGGACCCAGCCAGCAGGAAAAGGUCCAGCUGAAGCGUCUCCUCAGUGGCUUUGGUCUUGAGGAACCCUCGCUGGAGGAGAUGGAUGACCAAGGCCCCAGAGUGGGCGCCCAGCGGACAGUCCCAGCGCAGGUGCACAUCAACGGAGACGCUCGGCCACGUGAGAGGGAAACGGACAUCCUUGACGACGAGGUCAUUACAGGUCACGAUCUGCACAGCGUGGACAGCUUAGGGACCUUGUCGUCCUCGUGCCACAAGAGCAGCCAAAACUCCCUGCUGUCCGACGGCUUCGUAAGUCCGGGAGGAGAGGAGCACCAAAGCCAAAGCCAGCACCACCUCCAUCACCCCGGAGCCCCUCAGAUGGAGGAGUAUGAGAGAUCCUACGCUGAGGCUAGGAGGAGCUGCCUGAGCUCCAGGAGCAACUCCGUGGCUUCUUCUAAUCCCAGCAGCGCUCCCGCACCCAAGCAGCACGUCUACAGACAGGGAAGCUAUUCCACACAGUCCUGGGUCCGUCAGCAGCAGAUGGUCGCCGCGCAGCAGUUUGUGUACAUGUCUGAGGACGGGAAUGAAACGGAGAGAUACUCUGGGAACAAGCAGGGGAGCAGCUCAUCCAAAGCGGGCCUUCCCACUGAGCCACAGGCAGAUGCUGUCAGAAACACAGCGUCCCUCAAAGACCAGGCGAUGAUCAACAACAACAACAACAACAAGCGGGACGAGGAGUUCAAAUCUCUCACCAUGGACAUUGACAACUCCAUCGACCAGCUCAAUCAGCUGAUCAUGGACCUGGACCCGACGUUCGUGCCAGUAUCGAGCCACAGCAGCGGCACCAAGAAGAACGGCGGGACGCACGUCAACGGCUCAGUGGGCAAAUGCUCAAACGGCAUCAAUCUCAGAUUCAGCGAUAAUAACGCAGAGAGCCUGAAAAGCACGCAGCAGACAGCUGUCCAGUCCAGUGACGGCCGAAUGGGUGUCACGCGGAGUCUGAGUUGCCAAGGAGGGGAUGUCGUGGAUCACCCAGGUUUCUGUAACUCAGGGUGGGAUGAGACACAGGAAUACAGGAGCCAGCGGACAUAUUCUCCCUGUGUGCCACAGUCCCAGCAUUCCAUACUAUACAGGAGUGACAGUGUGGAUUACAGGGCCCAGGGCCCAGACAUAGACAGUGGAGUUGAGGCCGGUAGCGACAUGACUCCACCCACUCCUGCCUUCCCCAUUUCUCCACCAACACCAUAUGUGAAAAAUCUGUCCGAAGUGACUCACUUCAGACAAACUCCAUCUCCCAGCAUGCAUGGAGGCUACAAAAUGGAACACGUUUUUGAUACGCAUACAGAACCCCGGGGAUAUCCAGAGAUCAGUCAUAUCGGAGUGGAGAGUCUGCCAGCCUCCUCCAUCAACUGCCACAGGACGCUAAGCUCAACACACUCUGCCUCUAUUGUUGGGAGCCUUCAGCAGACAGAGAGCUCAUCCGUGAACCAGUCCUGGCCAGAGCAUCCCGUCCUGAGCCGCCACUCGUCUUUGAGCAGCUACCCCUCUUCCAGACAGCCACCUCACCACUCCAUGUCACAAGACUACAGCCACCACUCUCCUCCCCUGCACCACCCCCACAUCCACCCGGCUCCGAACGCCCACAGCUCUCCCCGGAGCAGCCAACGAAGCCGCAUGGCUUGCUACGCUCUCAACCGCUUUGAUUCGCAGGAGGACUCCGGUCCUGGCUAUUGCACAGACUGUCCAAACAUGGGCAACGACAGGGAUCUUUUUACCUCAGUGGAUGGGCAGAAUCAGGCUCCCCAGAUGCAGCCCCCGCUUUUACCUGAGAAGAAGAGGGCGUCGGACGGGGAGCAUUCGCUGGGAACAGCCUCUCCUGCUCUGAGUGGAUUCUCAAGCCCCCACAGCGGGAGCUCGCUGAGUAUUCCAUUCCCCAACGUCUUGCCCGACUUGUCAGCUCAGAUGCCAGGCACAGCAUCGCCUCUGCCUGAUGUACUUGCCACCAAGCAGGUUACCGUAAAAUUUGUGCAGGACACAUCAAAAUUCUGGUACAAGCCCGACAUCUCGAGGGAUCAAGCUAUUUCGGUGUUGAAGGACAAGGAGCCUGGCUGCUUCAUUGUGCGGGACAGCCACUCCUUCAGAGGGGCCUAUGGUCUGGCUAUGAAGGUGGCUACACCCCCUCCUUCAGUUCUCCAACAGAGCAAAAAAGGAGGUGAUCUGUCCAAUGAAUUAGUGCGCCACUUCCUGAUUGAGUGCACGCAGAAAGGAGUGCGGCUCAAGGGUUGCCCCAAUGAGCCCUAUUUCGGAAGCUUGACGGCGUUGGUCUGCCAGCAUUCGAUCACUCCCUUGGCCCUGCCCUGUAAGCUGAUUAUACCCGACAGAGAUCCUCUUGAAGACGUCGUUGAGAACACAUCGCUGUCGGUCACAAACUCCGCCGCUGAGCUGCUAAAGCAGGGUGCAGCCUGUAAUGUGUGGUACCUGGGCUCCGUGGAGAUGGAGUCACUGACCGGCGUCCAGGCCGUGCAGAAAGCCACCAGCAUGACUCUGAGCGCCGAGCCGCCAGUGACUUCCACCGUGGUCCACUUCAAGGUUUCUUCACAAGGAAUCACCCUCACCGACAACCAGAGGAAGCUCUUUUUCAGGAGGCAUUAUAAUGUCAGCACAGUCAUAUAUUGUGCUCUGGACCCACAAGACAGAAAGUGGAAAAAAGAUGGCUGCCCCUCUGCAAAAAUCUUUGGCUUCGUGGCGAGAAAAACCGGCACCUCCAUGGACAACGUGUGUCACCUGUUCGCGGAGCACGACCCCGAGCAGCCGGCGAGCGCCAUCGUCAACUUCGUGUCCAAGGUGAUGAUCGGCUCACAGAAGAGUAAGUGAGGACGGGCCCGGUCACCCGGACAGACGUUUGAAAUGAGAGGGGACGGACAGAGGGCUAAAUGCACGAGCUGAAGACGGCGACGGCUGGGACAUCGACCCCUGGAUAUUAACUGGAUGUGACGCACGUACUCGUCACCAACACCAGCAAAAUCAGUGACAUCCUUCUGUUCUCAUGGUUUUAUUUUCUUUGUAUGAACUGUAUGAACUUUUUUUUCUGUAAACAGCUGUAAUAAGUCAGUCGUUACAGUUUGAGUUCAUAAUACAACAGCUGCUUUCUCUCAUUCGUAGUAUUUUAAAGACAAAUCAAGAAAAGGAGAAAAUUGUUGUAUGUGAUUUUUAAUUUUUUUUUUUAUUUUCCGAUAUUUAACCAAAACCCAACUUCAUCCAAGCUAUUAACAUUAUGUAUAGUUGUAGAAUAUGCAGAAGCACCUCUGCCUCAGCUCAUCACACACAAGAUUAUGUUAUUUUAUCUAUGCAAUGUAAAUGUUUUAUUUUUUUAAACCGUGGCCUUCUGUACAUGUGCAGCAUGUAUGUGGCAUAUUCCGAACCCGCUCAGUUUUUUUGUUUCUGUCUCAUGAACAUAUUUGAAAAUGACCACUUUAAAGGUGUCGGCAACAUUUUAUUGAGUGUGUGCGCGCGUGUGUGUGUGUGCGUACGCGCAUGCAUGUGUGUGUGCGUGUUGAAAUAAGAGAAAUCAUAGAAAAAUAUUUUAAUUAAACCCUAAUAUAUAUAUAUAUAUAUAUAUGUAUAUGUAUUGACCUGACACAAACCUGUCAAAAACGCAUCAGUACUUUGCAUAGGAGCUGGUAGGAGUGGCACUCCUCUCUCAGCUGGCGAGUUUUUUCAUGAUACUUUUUGUUUUAUUUUGCGGUUUUUCAGUGUCAAAAAUAAAUGUGCAUACGCCAAUAUUAUUAUUAUUAUUUUUUUUUACAGUUGAGUCAAACAUCUAAACACAGGCUGCUAUGUUGAGAGAACAAAUACUGUCAAUGAGGUGAAAGCUAAGAAGACACCAAGAGCUCAGUGUUGCACAGACACAUCCUUUAUUUGAACUUGUCAUCUGUCAAUGACAUAUACAAUAGUCACUUGGCUGUUUUUUUUUUUUUUUACCCUCAGCUGCUCUAUUGGUUGACAUUGUAUAUGAGAUGAUGACCAUAGAAAGUAAUUCCUUUUUUUGUCUUGUGUAACUAUUUUUUCCGCAGAGGGACCUACGACCACAACAAAGCUGCCGGUAUUCUUGCAUUAAUUAUGUAAACACUUAUGUUCUAAUUUACAUGACUUAUUCUAUGUACCUCAUAUGUAUUCCAUUACAAUACUGUGCGUCUGUGUAUAACAUGCUACAUGUGAACGAUUUUAUGUGUGUCGUUGAAUUUGCAUUGUUGGAUGUGUUCUGUAAAUAAACAAAGUGAAACAUUUA